AUGCCGCAUGGUAUGAAGCAGAGAGGAGAAAAAGACCUCGCUCACCCAGCCCAGAUGAUCACGGCAAAGGCGUGCAGAAAACAUCUGACAAAGCCUCGUAAGAGGCUGCAGAAAGGAAGAUGUGAAGAGGGUGAGAGCAAGCAUGGGGCUGUUGGGAGUGAGGAAACAAGGGCUAAGUCUCAAAAAGGUAGGAGUUCUGAAUUCCUAGGUCACUUACUAAUCGUCUUUGUUGUGAUCACAGCAGCUACCUCCAACUCUGACAUCCACAACAACGUCCACAACAGUACAAAACUUCCGACAAAGGGCAAGCCGACCCCAAAGAUCAAGAAAACCAACCUGAUUGAGGCUGAUGACUCAGACAAUUCAUCGAUCUCAUCUCUUUCCGAUGGCAGUCAAGGGCGCUUAGGGAAAUCAGACAGUGACGAUGAAGAUGACAAUGAUUUCGAUGUUGCACGGAUGACAGAUAGGGAGUUCAGGCAGAUGUUCAACAAAGAGAAAUCGCCACUAGCCGGCAAGGGUCCAGCUCUGAAGCUUCGCGCCCCCCCACAUCUGAUUCCGAAGGGUUGUUUGAUGAUCCAAACGAUUCAGGCGAAGAGGAGGUUGAUGAAGACGACACCUGAGGUUCUAAGCAAUCAAAGUCUAGCCUGCGUACCUGCAAGCCGCCCCACAACACAAGCCAUACGCUCCAUGGUUCAAAAGUCAAAAUCAAAAGUGGGUGCUGCCACAAUUGCAAGUGAUGAUGACGACAAGGCCAUCCCUGAAGACAAUUGGCCCAAGGCCCUUCAACUGAGGACAGGCACUCUUACCCAGCAGACUGACCUUAUCCGGGUAGUCUGUCGCGAGGCCAUUCAAAUCAUUGAGAAGACUUUGGUUACUGAAAAUGCAUGGCCGGAACUCCCUAAAGGUACGCUCUACAAACGACAAGUCCUGUUAGAAGCGGUCAAGCUUCUGCACGCCAAGAAUACCGAAGACGACAAGGGGAAGCAAGAUGCCCAGUACAAGGCACUGACCAACCACCUGUCAAUUGACGAAAAGUUCGCCAGGCAUAUUGGCAAAUGGCAUGUCCAUGCGUUGAUCGAGAACGAUGUGUACGUAUAUCCUGGGCACUGGGCUGCAGAUAAAGAUGGCAAGCCUAUCUGGAUGGUCAAGAACUCGGUUACCGACAUCCAGAUUUACCUCAACCCAGGUCUCAUCAACCUCAUCAAGACUGCUUUCUUCAACAGUCCGACAGGCUUUGGAUACAAGUUCAAGAAGUAUUAUGUUUCGUCGCAUCCAACCCUCAAAGAUCCUGAGCUGAUGAUUCCCAUUGUUGCCCUUGGUGCAACGGCAUUCUUUGCUGCACUUUACGAAUGGCGAGAAGGCAAGAAGGGCAAGAUGAGUGCCGACAGCCAGAAGGCCAAAGCCAAGAAAUUUGAAGGAGAUAAUUUCAAGAAGGUCUUCAAUCGCCACAUAGAUAAUUUAACAAAGUUGAAGAAGAAAGUCAACACGUACCACAAGAUUAUGUCGGAACUUUAUGCAAAAGUCACCGACGGUGACAACACUAUGGAUACUGGAGCUCUUACUAAAGGUAGCGCAUUGGCAGUGUUGGAUUUAGAUGGGUUGGACUAG